AUGGAUGUUCUCAUGCCGGAUGCAAAUCCAUUUGGUGAUAAUUCUGAAGCCUGGGAAUACAUCUUAAAACUUAAGGAUGUAUUUCUGGUUGAAUUGUCUAUUGUUAAAGAAGACUUGAGUAUUACAAUUGAAGAUUGGGAAAUAAAAUUUCAAAAUCUUGAACUUAAAAACAAUGAGUUAGCUAAACAACUCAUUGCUUUGACCGAAAAGCUUAAAGUUUCAGAAGGACAAGUGAAUUCUCUUCGCUCAGAACUUGAUGUUUUAAGAAACAAUCAGGUUCACACAGAAGUUAAACAUGUGAUGUUUGAAAAACUCAAAAAGGAAGUUAAGGAUAAUAAGGAUCAUUGCGAUAAAGUGAAACAUAAAGCUGAUGAAAUAGCUAAGAUGACUCUUCAAGAUUUGUCUCAAGAAAAAGCAAGAAACAAAAGAAUUAUCGACACUGAAAUCAAGGAAUUCAAAGAAAUGACCAACAAUCUUGAGAAAAGAGUUGAUAAUAUGGAAUACAAAGUUGGAACUAUUUCAACUAAGGCUGAUUUAACUACCAAAGAACUUAGCUACGCAAAAAAGGAAAUCAAGAGCGCGGUAAGAAAAGUCGACACUUUGCCUUUUGCUUUGACCCCUAAAACUCCAAAUGGAGCAACUCCAAAGUUGAAAGACAUUAUGAAGGCUCAAAAACAACACCGUGAAACUAAAGUCGAUGACGAUAAACCCACUUUUAGAGUGUGCAUAAGAAUUCCAGAUACCAUGAAAAGAGUUAAUAUCCCUGCGAUUGGAAAGAAAAUUGAUGCGGUUGCACAAAAGUCGGUGGCUCAGGAAAUAGGCUAUACUGUCAAAGGGCAUUUAUAUGUUCAACUUAAUGACAAAGAUUUUGCUGAUAAAGCUGCAGAAUGGAUCCCCAAAGUUGACCCUACUUAUUCAGUGCUUGACACAGAUUCUUGGUACAAGGCUGUACUUCAGGAAAUACCUAAUACGGCAUCGAUUGAAGACUUGAAAGAAACUCUCUACAAUUUUAAUGAUUACCAUAUUGUUUUGAAUACCGAACCCAAAAUCAUUAGCAGAAACCAAUUUACCCAAACAGCAUUGGUUUCAUUCAGAAAUGCCCAAGACUAUGCAAAGUGUGCUGAUAAUCUUAUUAUCCAGUACACAAAAGUUAAAGUUAGACCUUUUAUUAGGAGGAAAAAAACUCCUGAAGAACUCCAAGCUAUGCGUAAUAAGAUACGAUUAUUGAAAAAUGAAUCAGACAAAAAGGAUAAUGAGGCCCAUCCUGUUUCCACUGACGACUCACAAGAUGAACCGAUGAAAGAAACAAAUAUUGAAGAACUAGACGAAUCCAAUGAGGAAGAAAACGAAAACAAUUCUAUUACAUCCAAUGAAUUAUAA